UUAGUAGUAGUAGUAGUUGUAGUAUACUUUAUUUUAGUUGCUAAACUAUUAUCUCAACCUGCUGGUUUUACAUUCUUUUGAUUCUCCUUUGCAUCCUGCCCAGGGAGGGGUUGGGGUGGGUGAGUGAGCAGCUGCUUGGUACUUAGUUGCUGGCUGAAUAUAAACCAUGACAUAAUUAUUUUGGGAAAUUAUGAACAAUACAUUUGUUUGACUAAAUUAUUAUCAAUUUUCACUUUGUUUCAAACUCAUUUUUAUAGAGUUGAGUACAUUUGACAGGUAAAUCUAUUGAACAAAAGCGAAAGUAUGCAGACAAAAGAAAUUGAACUGACUGAUAAUUACUCUUUGUAUGAUUUUCAGGGUAUGAAGUCUCACUUGCUUAACCAAAAUACAUAUUUUUCUUAAUUAUUUAAGUUUCAGACAGUUUUUCCACUUGCAUUAGUUGUUGGCUAUAAAAAGGAGUAAGCUGAAUAAUUUGAUCUGAAAAGCUUUUCUUUGUAGCUGCCGAUGAGGCCACUGCUGUAUAAAGCUACAAGUUCUGUUUUGCAGGCACUAGGAAAACUGUUGCCUGAAAAUGUUCAAUUUCAACUGUUCAAUUUAAAAAAAUAUUUUUGCAAUAGGAGAUAAAUAAAGGUUGGUGUUUUUUAAUGGAAGAUGUUUGAAUAUGUAAUUUAACUUACAUUUGAUAUGUCUUUCAGAAAAUUGCUUACAGAAAGCUGUGUACUGCUUUGGAACAAAUGGUUUGGUUUUUUUUUUUCUUUCCCUAUGCGUACAUAGGUCAAAGAUUACUGGGAAGUUCAGCACCUGUCAGUAUUCCAGGUUCUCUUGUUCAUUCCUCAUCUUUAUAUUCGUCAUCAUCCCUUUCAACUUCUCCACUCAGUUCUCUUUCACAAUCACUGUCUCAGUCUUUUGUUUCAUCUGCUACGACUCCUUUCCACCAGUUGCCUUUGAAGACAGAACAUAGCAUGUUAGGCACCUCAGCCUCUUCUCACAAUUCUUUAGGUUUAAAUGGUGUUACAGGGAGCACUUGGGACUUCGUAACUGGCAAUUUCUCUCCUUGUCCAUCCCCAGUACUAAACAGUGGCACUACCCCCUCAAUAAGUUCAAACACAACUGGGAAUGAACUAACUCAAGUUAGACGGGAACUUGAUGAUGCCAAGAGAAAACUGAAACAAUGGGAAGAAUCUUGGCAACAGGUAAAACAGGCAUGCGAUGCAUGGCAGAAAGAGGCUCAAGAAGCGAAAGAACGUGCUAACAUUGCAGAUGCGGACAAACAGCUUGCUCUUCAAAAGAAGGAGGAGGUGGAAAGCAAAAUAAAAAAGCUGAAGGUGCAAUUAGCUGCUUGUCUGUGUACUACACUGCCUUAUAUGAAAAACUAUGGUGAUAUAGAUAAGAUAUCCUUGCCAAAGCUUCGUUCCUUACAAAAUCGACUGCACUCAGAUUUAGAAACAAUAGAUGAGGUGAUUUUUCAGCUUCAAUCAAAGAAGUGUAUCAUAUGUCAGGAGGGUGAUUGUAGCAUUAUCCUGAAUCCACGUCAACAUUAUGUACUUUGUGAUCACUGUGCAGCUGCACAAGAGGAAUGUCCCUGCUGCCAGAAAAAAAGAAAUCUGUGGUAGCAUACAUGCAUAGUACUCCUAUCGUGUUUAUGAAUUAAGUAAUUUUGUGGGUUUGUAUUUUGUAUAAGAAUUAUAUCACUCAUAAUUAAUCAAUUUAGUAGUGCUAGACUGAUUUCUAUUUUGAUGUAAGAAACUUAAUUGCUUUAAAAUACAGAAUAAGGUCUGCUCACCUUUACAUGUCAACUUCAGUCAUUUGAUGAGGUUAUAUAUAACCUAUAGUCUUGAGUUUUUUUCGUUCCCCCUCAAUUGCAUUGCAGCCUUUUCUGACUCCCACUUACAUUCCUAGUGCACAAGCUACUUAGGUUCAUUUGCACUGUAAUCACUUUGUAUAAAUUUUACUGUAAUGCCUGAAUGAAGUGUUUAUACCUGUUUUUUUUUCAUUAACAGAAGAUGGAUACAUAGAUAUGAUAACUGCACACACAACAGUGCAAAUGGUCCCUUUGUCAUGUCUGUUGUGUGUGGAACGCCAGAGCCAGUAUUUGGAAUUGGUCUACCACUAUGUUUACAUGGAUGUUUCAAAAACUCUAAUUAAUGUAAAAGCACAUUUUAAUUAUUGUGUUUUGUUAGAAGAUAUGUUGUAAAUUGCCUCAAGCUGCUUUCCAGGUCUUAGGUUUAUUUUUUAAUAUGCAGUAAUAUGAUGUGUUAUAUGUGUACUGUGAGAAUAAAUAUUUCAUGUGGUUUUACUGUUAAAUCACAAUAUGAUUAAAUAGGAAUGACAAUUUACGUAGUUUUUUUGCAAUUUAUAAGUUAACUGUGUACUGUAGUAUUUGUAAAUGUACCAGCAGAGACAAAACCAGAUCAGUUUUAGUGAACAACCGUGCAUUUGUAUAUUUCCCUCAGUUUGGAGUUUUGUAGUCCUAAAGGUUUUUUUUAUAUCUCCUAACUUGUGUGGUACACAUCAGGUGAAAAUAUGAUACAUAUAAUAUUGCCAAGUGCCUAUGCUCAAUAUCCUAUGAAAUGUCAGAAGACAUAAAAAAAGAAUUUUUCAAAUAAUUUCUAUUGCUUAAUUUUGUAUUAAUCAAUUUGACAAUAACUAGACUAAAUCUCUUGCUUUUAGUAAGUAUUUUAAAACACACUUUUUAUCAGAAAUGAAAUAAUGCAUGUUUGAAAGGAACUACAAAAUUACUUAAGUAUGUAGUCAGGCAGUGGCACUUUGACACAGUGAUUCUUUUAGAAGGUGGUAAUAUCCUUACUUCAUCCUGGUAUUUGGGAGCACGCAGUUCAGGAAGAGAAGAUAAUUGAUUACUACAUGUAUAUUUUUACUUUUCUUACCUGGAAUAGUUGCCUGCAUGACUCUUUUUUUUUCCCUGUUAAAUUCAGGUGUGGCACUGGUACAGCUUAGACUGAAAUGACCUCCUACUGUGUUGCAUGAUUUGUAUCUCCAGAUGACUGUAUUCAGUACAAAAAGUGAGUUCAUACAUGCAGCAAAGAGUUAAUAUGUUUAAAGUUCAGUCAUGUUAGAAUAAGAAGAUGCAUACUGAAACUAUUAUUGACAAAACAGAGCUUUUGGAACUGUGUCAGCAUUAAAUAAAGGGCCCAAGCCAGUAUUACUGAAAUCACUGUAUCCUUUGGGUUUUAACAUUCUUUGUACAAAGGACUGAGUUAACAAAAAAUCAUUAUACGUUUUCUGUGAGAACUAAAUGCACAGACUUGUCACUGCUUUCCUAAAAAAUGUCAAUCUGCAGGAACAUUGGAGACCUUUUCAGAAGGGACGAGUAAAUACAAAAUAUAUUUCUAGUUGCUUCUGUUUCAGAAUUUCAGAUUUGAAGAUCAUUUCAAAGGACAAAGUUGGAUUUAAUAAUGGGGUUUUGUUGCUUUUAACAGUUUCUCUAAAAUGUUUGACUGAGAAAAAUAUAAAGUUGGACAUUAUUUGCAUUUUCAAGAACAUUUUUCUGUCCUAAAGUAAAAUAGUGAUGUUUUAAAGAUAUAUCCAGCUUUGGACUUCUAAAAAAAGGAACUUGGAACAUAAGUUUGGCUGUAGAUACUCAUGGUUUGGGUUUGUUUUGGGUUGGUUUUUUUUUGCAUCUGUGCAGUCUAUGAACAAAGACUGGGUUUUGAACUUUAACAGCAUUUUGGACUAAAGCAAACUUAGUUAUGUUAAGUUCUGUUGUUUGGAGGGGUUUUUUUAUUUGUUUUUUUUUAAGAAUAAUAAAGUAAAAGAAUAAUAUGCAAUUAUAGUUUGAAAUUAUGUUACACAUUUUUUUAAAAAAGCAGUUUUUUUGGACAUUGGUUUCUUACUACAUUUCUCUAGUGUGGAACAGCAUUCUGCAGCCACUGUGCUCAUGAAAGUGUUUAGAAAUGUCUUAGUGGAAAUUUUUGCUUUGGUGUUUUAGAAGAAACCACCUUAGGCCACAUUGUGCUGCCCAUAUGCAGCUAAAUGACAUUUGUUACCCAUGAUACAGAAGACUGACUUUGUGCUGUCUUGUGCAAGUUUAUAGUUCUUCUUGUGUAUUUUAGUGUAUUUGCCUAUGUUGUAGGGCUGGUUUUGGUUCCUGGUUUUUUUUUGGUAGUAACAGACAAUUUUCGUAAUCUCAUGACACGAGCAAAAAAACCCAACAUGAACAGCACUAGCAGUGUGCAUCAUCACAUUCAUGCUCAGUUAAAACGUGCUUCAUUUUUAGAGGCAACAAGCUAAUAUGGUUAGUCUGUUGCUUUUUAAUGUUUUGUGGCUUACAAUGAUGAAUCUUGGAAAUAAUUAUGUGUCCUAUAGUAAUACCAGAACUGAAAAUUUUACAGGUGAUCUCUGCAAGUUCUUUGGUUCUGAGUUACAGACAAACAUAAGAAUUACUACGAAACCAUUUUUUUGGAGAAGGAAUAAACACAUACUAAAGAAACAUACCUAUGUGUGAAAUUCUCAGACUGGGCAGCUUGCUGUACUUAUAGACAAAUCCUUAGGUAAUCGUUUGAACCAUACAUCAUCAUACACUGCAGUCAUAUAGAAAUAAUACAGUUGUUCUUCACAAAGUUACUUUUGUGAGGAAUUGAAAACAAAAUUUCUGUGUCUUAUUAAAGCAAGAUGAUUGUGAAUACAAAUAAGUACAUGACUUAAAAUGGAGGAUAACAAAAUACAUACAGCUGACUAGUUGACAACUAAUUGGAAGAAGUCAAAAGAGAAACCCAAUCCUUGUAAGUAUUUGUCCUUGUAUACACUAUCUAGAAACAGAUACAUUAAAAUUACAUUUCAGUGACACUACAGUAUAGUAACUUGCUGAAUUCACAAAAUGCAUAAAAGCAACUAAAUAGAUUUUUGAGCUUCAUUUUGGUAUUUGACAAAUUUCUGUGUAAAUUUUUGUAAGAUUAUAAAUUUUAAUGUGAAUGCAGUUACGUUGUCGCAGUUAUUUUAGGCUGGGAAUAGUACAUUAAAAUUGUGAUUUCUCAGGGUUUUUACAGUUAGGAGCUGUAAUUUAAACAGAAGUAUGCUAAUUAUAGGUAGGUCCCAAGAUGCAUAUUAGAGAUUUAUUAUUAGUCUUCUUUGAACAGCAGAUUAUUAAAGACAUACUGGUUUUGUUCUGUAUCAUUUUCAGAGCAUCCUAGUAUUAAAUAUAGGUAGUAAUAUUAUUGUCACACUAUGCAUAUGUAACCCUAAAUACAUACAAAAGUUUUACUCAUGUUAAUUUAUGGAAGCCAUUAAUGUUUUGAGUGUAAAGACAGAAAUGAUUUUGUGAAUUAAAUUGUUCUUAAUACAAAACAUUUUAUUUAUAAUGAAUACUUAUUUACUUGUUGUGAACUGUUUAAAACUAGUAACGCUUAUUAAAACUUUUUUAUGCUAUA